CGGCAGCUUUGGAAGAGCGCAACUAUCACAAUCUCAGAGAGAUUAUACGCAUCAACUAUACUAUAGGUUUCAAUAGCAGGACACCAACUCGCUGGGACUUCGCUUUAAGACUGUAUGUAAGCAAUAUACUUUAAGGAUUAAUUGCACAAUAUUUGAUUUACUGCAGUUGGAGCAUGGUACUUAUAAUAGGCGGCUUGAUAUCUUUCUAUGGACAUUGGCAGUUGUUCAUACGUUAUGUUGCCACGGAUAUGCCGAGAGUAACUGAGGUACAGAUACCAGAAUACUAUUUAUAGUUAUAUUCUAAGUGUUAUGCAACUUUACAGAGCGUUACCACAGUUCUGCAGGCCAGCACAUCGAUAUUGAAAAUUAUAUAUUUUCUACGAGCACCACGCGAGUUUUAUUCGCUGCUGCAACGCGCCUGUCGCCAUCAACUGCUACUAGACUGCGAGUUAUUUGAGCUUAUUGACGAUCUGCCCAUGGCUGCCAAGAUGCGUCAGCAAGUCAAUGAGAUUAUGGAUGGCUUCUGGCUUAAUACGCGCCGCCAGUUGCUAGUGUUUCUAUAUAGUAUAUGCUUAACUACUAUAAACAAUUUGUUCAUGUCGCUAGGCAUGAAUUUUUAUCGGUAUUUUAUCGCACACAACGAGAGCUUUGAUAUGAUUGCGUAAGUGAAGCAGAGCUUGUGUUUUGAGCAUAUGAUAAACUUCUUAUGUGUUGAAGCCUUGCCUACGUUAUAUCCCAGCUGCAUGGAUAAGGGAUUUGCCUUUCCUUGCUUUCAUGUGCCAAUGUUUCUGGAAAGUUGUGGCCUCUAUUUAUGCGGCCUAGGCGGAAUUGGCUUCGAUGUCAUAUUCAUAGCACUUUGUCUGCAUUGCGUGGCUCUGAUGAAGACACUUUGCCACAUGAUUGAGUGUGCCACAGACGGCGAGUUGCCACAAGAGCGACGCGUGCAGUAUUUGCGCUGUUGCAUCUAUCAAUAUCAGCGAGUGGCGUCCUUUGCUGUGCAGCUAAACGAAUGCUAUAAACAAAUUAUACUCGGUCAAUUUCUGCUCAGUCUGCUCGUCUGGGGCUUGGUGCUCUUUACCAUGAGCAUAGGCAUUUCUACUAGCGCUACAACUACAUUGCGCAUGAUGAUGUAUUUGGCGGCAGCUGGCUAUCAAAUUGUCAUUUAUUGCUACAAUGGCCAACGCUUUACUUCAGCUUCUGAGGAAAUACCUGCAGCUUUCUAUGCUUGUGCUUGGCAAGCGGAGAAUCGUGAGUUUCGUCGACUUAUUUAUAUGAUGAUUAUGCGUACGAAUCGCGGCUUUAAGCUGCAGGUUUCAUGGUUCACCACAAUGGAGCUGCCCACGUUUCUUUGGUUGGUACGCACAAGUGGUUCUUACUUUUUGUUAUUGCAGAAUCUAAUGGAAAAGUAA